UGACCUUAGGUCACAUUAGUCAUCACAUGGUCAUUUUGCUCUGUCUCUAGUCUAGUCGCGGCUUAGCUCCAUGUAGGUCCUCGAGAUAGAGUCUUGGUGAUGAAGAGGAGAGAUAUUCAUCCCAGUCCUGCUGAGGAGGCAGCCUCAGUCAAUGACCAGCGUGCUAGUGAUAUCCCUGAAGCUGUGACAUGGCUUGAAACGCACCGAUGGAGGCUCUUCGGUGCUUUGCUGCUGUUUCGUUGCAUCAACGCCGUCCUCUCAUAUACCGCAUUUGUACCGGAUGAGACGUGGCAGUCACUAGAAGUCUCUCACAGCAUUGUCUUCGGAUAUGGUUACCGUACCUGGGAGUGGCAUAUGCCAAUUCGAGGGUUCACACAUCCUCUUAUCUAUGCCAUCCUCUACAAAGCGCUGGCACUGCUCCAUCUGGACUGGCCUUGCUUACUGGUUGUUCUUCCGAGGGUACUACAUGCUCCAUUGGCAGUGGUUGGUGAUGUGUAUGUGCUCAAAUUAGGAACACAUCUGUUUGGAAAGAGAGCUGGAAAAUAUGCUCUCCUUUGCAACAUUGCCUCUUGGUUCACCUUCUACUGUGUCACUAGAACACUCUCCAACUCCAUUGAGACGUGCCUCACACCCGUGGUCAUCUACCACUGGAUGAAUGCCUGUGAACUCACCAACAAAGUUGAAGUGCAAAGACACAGCCGUGUGUAUCUGCUGAUGAUAGGCAUAUCGUGUAUCAUUCGGCCAACUGGUAUCCCACUGUGGGCUCCACUGGUUUUGGCCCACCUCUGGAUAGCAGUUAGGGUACGCCUGUUCUGGGGUGUUCUCAGAGAGACAGUGAUGUUGGGGUUACUUACAGUCGCUUGGUCUAUUGCGGUUGAUUCCUACUGCUAUGGAAAACUUGUGGUGGUGCAGUGGAACUUCCUCGAGUUCAAUGUUCUGGAGGGACACUCGGCUCUCUAUGGAGCAGACUCUUGGCACUGGUAUUUUACUGAAGAUUGUCCUGUCCUGUUGUUCACUCUUCUACCCCUCACCCUGUUGGGGGCAUGGCUGUGUCCUAGCAACUGGCUCAGAGCUCCGUUCUGGUUGGCUGUUUGGGAGCUAGUGUUUCACAGUGCUCUGAGUCAUAAAGAGCACAGAUAUGUAUUUCCUAUCGUUCCAGUGGGUGUUGUAUAUGCAGGCUACUGUAUAGUAUGGCUGCUACAGAAAUACCAGCAUCGUCUCACCCGCUACCUAGUAUACACCCUACUCUUGGCUAACGUGCCUAUGGCCCUCUACUUCUCCCUCGUUCAUCAGAGAGGAACUGUCGCUGUCAUGGACUACAUCAGAAAGGACGUCCAAAGUAACUCGUCUGUACUCUUCCUCAUGCCCUGUCACUCGACCCCCUACUACAGUCACAUCCAUCAACCCAUCAAAAUGGAGUUCUUGGAGUGCCCUCCACCAAUCAGAGAUGACUAUGUUGAUCUUGGCAAACAGUUUUACUCUCAGCCUUCCUCUUGGCUGAACUCUCGUUACCCCACCCCCGAAUCUGCCCCAUCUCACAUCGUACUAUUUGAAGAAAUUGUACAGGAAGUUCAUGGAUUCUUAUCUGCUCUCAACUAUACUGAGGUGGUAAAGCUGUUCCACACUCAUUUUCCUGAGGAUAAACGGCGAAGUAGCUACCUAGUACUGCUAAAACGAUAGUACACUCUCACUAUAAGAUUGUACAUUCAUUACUGUGUUUUGCUGCAUGUAUGUUAUCAAUCAUGAUGUAUGCCUUUUA